AAUGAACUGAAGCUGAGUAAUAGUAACCCUAGAGAUCCGUGGAUUCGAUAUUUAUUACUUGUGCCACUAUACUGCAGCCCCUUUCAUUGGUUACACUUGGCCAUUGUUAGGUGUUGUGUUUUAGCGUGUCAAGUUUUUGGCGCCGUUGCCGGGGACUUUCUAGAUUAUUAGGAAAGGAAGAAGUUUGUUACUUUAGCGGUUUUUUUUCCACACUUGCUUUUCACUUGGGUGUUUUUUUUGUUUUGUUGGUGCAUAUAUGAAUCAUGGAUCCUAAUGGAAUUACCCCGAGACUCCCUACAGCAAUCAAGGAGGAGAAGACUAUGGAUUCGGGUUCCAGUACCAACCCCCUUACUACGUAGAACAAUUAGACCCCUGGGCAUAUCAAGAACAACCUCAUUACCGAGAAGAAUUUCUCCCACAAUCAGAAGGGCCAUCGGAGCUGGAGUUACCCAUGGCAGCCUUCACGGGCCAUUCUGCAGAGCCAUGCUACACUCCACAGUCAGAUCCAAACUGUCACUUGAGGCUUCUCGUGGAGCAGAUUGCUCGAGUACCUGAGAGAUCCUUUCCCGAGAUGGAUCCUCAUAUCCAGGCCAUUGCCCAAACUGACUUCUCCUUUCCCCGUGAAACAGAGGAUACCCUUCGGAGCAUAAAGAAGCACAUAGAGGUCAUUGAGAAAGCUUGUGCACAGUUUUCUCAAGACAACCUUUAUGCUGCCAUACAAGUAGAGGAGGAGGAAGAAGAAGGCAAUCAUGAGGAUGUUCAAGAGCAUGCAGAAGUUGUCACGGAAAGCUCCCAUGAUAAUCAUGAUCAAGUGUAUCCUCUGGUGGUAGAUCACAACUGUCCCCAUUUCCUCUCUGAUAUGCUGGGCCCGAGCGAGGAGAUGCAAGAUGAUCUCAUUGAAGAAAUUACAUGGCGACUUGCUCUCCAAUCUGUGCUAGAAGAAGAAGAGCAAGAAAGGGUGUAGAAAGAAGUUGCGGAGGAUGACAAAAGUGAAGCAGAAGGAGUUCUUGAUCAUUUCCCAGGGGGUGAUACCACAUGAAGAAGAAAGGGGGUUGAAGAAGCGAGUGGUGUCCAGGCUGUGGAUGAAGUUGAGGUGGAAGAGGCUUGCACCGACCCUAUAAUACAAGUAAUAUCCCCACCAAACUUCGAGGAACUGCUUAGCAAGGACCCAUUUGCAGUGUCUCUUUGCCAGACCAAGGCCACAGCGACAUCGGUCCCUCUUGGUGGACGCGAUGGUGGCCAAUCGAUGUUGUCAUAUAUGGUUUGGGGCAAUGAGACGAGAGAAGAGAAGAAAAGGUCUCGAGGAUGGAGACUUCAUCGGCAUCAAGUGCCCGAGCUUCCAUCACCAGUCAUACCACAUGUCAUGACUUGCGACUCCACCUCAUUGACGAGAACCUCAACUUCAAGGAGGUUCUAGCAUGGACCGAAACUUAGGAGCCAUCGUCUGGCUCCCAACGUUAAAGAAGCGCUUGUUGGGAGGCAACCCAACCAGUCGGUUUGCAUUUCUUUCUCUAUUUCUCUUAGGUUGAGUCAGUUUUGUUAUUUGAUUUAAGAGUCAAUAACUCAACCUUUGUGAGAUUUUGUGUGGUGUUUGCGUUCUGAUUACUCUCUCUUCCUGGAAUGCACCGCCUGACCCGUCCAUCAUCAUUCACCCUUGAUCUGGUAACUUCGUUCUACCCUCCUUAUCUUUCCUCCAUUGAGGACAAUGUCGUGCUUAAGUGUGGGGGGGGGGGGGUGUUCGAUUAUGUAUGCGGGUGAAUGUUUGGCUGAUUGUGUGCUUGGAGCCUAGUCCACUGUCCAAAUUUUUAAAUUUGAGGGCUCCAAGUACGUGUUUCCUUGCAAAUUGCCUGCUCAGUAUGCUUUGAAUCGACUUCUCUAUAGUAAUGUGCAACCUAGGGAGGUAGUGUAGCACUAUGGAGGAUGUUGAAGUAUAAGAUUUUUCCUAUCUAGCUCUUUGUUGUGCCAGUUGAUUUUGAGAAUUAGUGGAGCUUAGACCGUUGAAUUCAUGUGGUAAUGGGGACUCUGUUUGGAUUGUGUUAUGGACUCGUGUAUCGAACAGGGUGCUCAUAUGGAAAACGGGAAGCAGUUGGUCCUCCAUGUCGAAAUCAUUGAAAUCUUAAACAUGGGGUAAGCCCAACGUGUGUGGCACCGUUCAUUGCACAAAAUUGGGUUUUGGAAGAGAUUUUAGUGAUCCUUAGUGGGGUACUCCUACAAGGUGAAGCUAAGCUGUCUCUAGUACAAGUAAAAUUUUCACCCGUUGAACGGUUUGCCGACUUGAGGAUGUGUUUUUAAGGGCACGGAUAGAGCUUCCGACCCCCCUUGAUUUCAUUGACCCUCCACACGAGUUGAGGAAAAGGAGUUAAAGGAAGUACUCUGGCGAGCGCUAGAUGUACAAAAAUUGCUCUUGCUCGACUAAUAAGGUUCGACCGUGCAAAAGACUGCAGUUGGAACCCCCGCCAAGGGAAUGAAGAAAAAAAGAGAAAAAGAAAUGUAAAUGAAAGUGCAAAAAGGGGUUCCAACGGUGAAAUGAAGUGAAAGAGCACCCCGGUACAACGAGUCCUUGGUUGUGAAUGGUGUGAGUCCCUUUGUCCAUGAACUAACUGUCUUACUUCUACUUCUUCUCAUGUUCCUGGCUUGAGUCUAGUACUCGCAUUGAGAGAGAUAGGGGACGUCUUAGAAGACCAGUUGACCUCGUAAGCUGCUAUAUGAUCUAGGAAAUCCUCUACCGACGAUCGGGGUUGUUUGUUGCUAUAGAGGUCUUGAGAGCUGCAUUGGUUUGAGUUAGGUUUGCUUGGGGACAAGCAAACAGUUAAGUAUGGGGGGAUUUGAUGACUCGGUAUUUGCACAGGUUUCUUGAUUGUUUGAGCUUGAAUUAUUGCGUCUUUGUCCUAUUUUAUUCUAGGUUGUGUUCCUUUGUCACAUUUCAGGUCCUAGCACAUAAAGUGAAGCAUAGGCGCAAGUUUCAAAUCAAUCAGAGAUCAAUUGACGAAUCACGAGAAGAAACUCGGGCAUGACCUGAAGAAGAAUGGAUUUCUACCUCACUUUAUGGACAAAGAAUCAUGCAAGCUUGUCAUUAAAAGAAUGAGGACGAGACUACGAGCGUCUGGGAUCAAACGGGGACUGAUUCGGAGUCCGGACGAGGGAGAAACGAAGCAUUAAACAGAGGCUGAGCAAGCCACACGGGCAUCCUGGAAUUCUACACGGCCGUGUGGGUCGUGGCCGUGUGGAAAUCACCGAGCCUUCACACGGGCAGCUGGGAAAGCCACACGGCCGUGUGGCCUAGCCGCGUGAUCGGGAAUUUCUGUUUAAAACUCGUUUUUCAGCCAAAGGAAAGGGGAGAGCUGGGUUUUUGGUUCCCAAACACCCAAGGGACGAACCCUAGAGAGAGAGAGAGCGACUUGGGAACAUUCUUGGAGCUAUUAUGGAGUUCUGUGUUUGUACUGGUUUGUACUGGAAUCCAAUUCCGGUAGUGGAGUUCUGUGUUCAUAGCCUCAGCUUUCUAUCCCGGUGAAUGUUAGUCGCCUGCCGGGUAGUUAGACUGAGAGGGCUUGGUCAGCUUAAGAGAUUCCAAGCUACUGUCGGAUCUUCCGCAGUUUAAUCAACAGUAGAUCAACCAAAGGUAAUUGCAACUUGGACCUAAUUGAGGAGCUAGGGGGAAUCAUACCUAAGUGAGUUCACAACUUGUAAUUAGUAGAGUAGUCAGUAGAGUAGUUUAUAAAUCAAUCCUUAAUCUAGUUUGCUAGAUAAUGAACUGAAGCUGAGUAAUAGUAACUCUAGAGACCCGUGGAUUCGAUAUUUAUUACUUGUGCCACUAUACUGCAGUCCCUUUCAUUGGUUACACUUGGCCAUUGUUAGGUGUUGUGUUUUAGCGUGUCAAUGCUCAUUUCCCGAAAACCAGCGGGAUAGACGAUUUUUUAUUCGAUUUUCUGGAAUUCGGUUUCUAUAAAACUUACUCCACCUCAUCAUAUUACCAGAAACAAUAUUGUUUCACAAGGUAACAGGUACUUGAUUUUGGUUCAUAAGGCUGAUUUUUGAUUCGUUGCAUCAUUCAUAUCUCUUUCCUACUAAAAUUCACUAUUUUUAUCACGUGUUUCCCAAAAAAAAAUGUACAACAACAAGCUAUAUACCCCAUUACAUUAUCAAAUUUCAUACCUCACCUUCCUCCGGCUAAAUGGCUGGGGCCCACGCUAGUAUACUAUCUGAAGAAGAAAAAAACGUUGAUAUUUAACUCUUUUACAAGAAUACACUUCAUAAUUGAAUGAGAAAUAUAAUAGAAAAAAAUAACUGAGUCUAAAUAUUUGAAAGAUAAAGUCUUAAUAUGUCCUUAGGAUAGAAAUAAGAUUUUACAUAGGUU